ACAUUUCAUCCUACAUAUAAACUCACUAAUGGGCCCCACAGAGAGAAGACGCAGCUAUCAGCAGCCAGUGGUCAUAACGAGGCAUUAGCAGCUACGGUCAAGACGUAUAAUUGUUCUUAAUUAAAGUAAAGCCUGUCGUAUUUUUCACAAGUUUAAAUUAUUAUAGUGUAAUUAUUUAGGACUAACAAGUGUUUCAUUUGUGGAUAUUAAUUAAGCAGUUAAGAAAAGUGUGAUAAGAGGUAUGUUUAAUUUAUUUGUAUAUAUUUAAAGUUUAUACUUAAAAUCGUUUAAUUUUUUGUCAAAAAAAAAAAAAAAAAAAAAAAACUCGUAUUUGUUUGAUGUCUGAACACCACAGACAAUAUAUUCAUUUGUAGUUAUACAUUUUAUAACAACAAUAUUUAUUAGCCAAUUUUGUCUGAACACUGCUGCCAAAUACAAAAAAAAAAUGUCUGAACACCACAGGCAAAACAAGAUACAGUGUUCGUAAUCAUGCUUAUCCAAACACCAUGGAAAAGCAAAAAUUGUCUGAACACCACAGACAAAAGACUCAUUUGUUCGUAAUGAAAUCAUGCUUAUCCAAACACCAUGGAAAAGCUAAAACUGUCUGAACACCACAGACAAAAGAUACAUUUGUUCGUAAUUAUGCUUAUCCAAACACCAUGGAAAAGCUAAAACUGUCUGAACACCACAGACAAAAGAUACAUUUGUUCGUAAUUAUGCUUAUCCAAACACCAUGGAAAAGCUAAAACUGUCUGAACACCACAGACAAAAGAUACAUUUGUUCGUAAUUAUGCUUAUCCAAACACUAUGGAAAAGCUAAAACUGUCUGAACACCACAGACAAAAGAUACAUUUGUUCGUAAUUAUGCUUAUCCAAACACCAUGGAAAAGCUAAAAUGGUCUGAACAUUACAGACAAAUUAUAUAUUUGUUUGCAAUAGGGCGUGUUCAUGCAACAUGACAUACAUAAUAAUAAUAAUAAUAAUAAUAAUAAUAAUAAUAAUAAUAAUAAUAAUGAUAAUAAUAAUAAAAAAAAAAUCAGGCGUCUUGCAUAUCACAGAGGGACGAAUUAAUGAUUUAUGUAGAUAUCUAUUUCACGGCGUUAUUUACGCCUGACUGCGAUUAAAUUCUAAUCGUUUAUAUAUGUUUCUUCUUCAUUUUAUUGCUUAAAUGGACUGCUGCUAGAAAUGUUUAAAAAACAUUUUUCAGGAUCAUGGCCGACGAUCAAGAGGUCGGAAACAACCAGUCCAAUAUUCCCAAUAUAUUUGAAAAAUUCGGGACACUUGCAGGAUCUUCUAGUCAGUUAGAAGACAUCCAAAAUGCAAUAAAAGGUUUAACGGAUUCUCUGACUGAAAUGAGGUCUGACGUAAAUUCUUUGAAAAGAACUGCAGUUACCUGCGAAGAAACAUCAACUUCGAAACGUUUUUGCACGAGGGAUGAUUCAGGCUCAGAUCACGAAAGCGUGGGAGAUUUUUUCACCGAAUCUGGGGUCACCGACGGAAAUGAUGAUGAUGAUGAUGAUGAUGAAUUCUGCAUGGUGGAUUUCUUCGAGGAUGCCUCAGAAACAGGAGCGGCGAUAAGUGACAAACUAGCCACUUUGAGCAAUAAAGCUUUGCAGGUACAACCGAAAGAAGAAAAAAUAAAGGAACUUUUGGACACACACAAGAGGCCUAACAAUGUAGAAUUUCUACAAGUACCUUUGGUGAAUGAGCAGUUGUGGCGACAGUUGCCAUCUCAAGUUAAAGCACAGGAUUUUCUGUUGCAGAGGACACAGAAAUUUUUUUCGUCUGCUUUGGUACCGGUAUUGAAGACCAUGGAUGAGUUAAAGACAGAUGGACGACCAAAAAUGAAAGAGUUGAUUGGGGAUACUUUCAAACUGUUAACCAAUGCUUUUGUCACUACUUCUCAGAUGAGACGUGACAGGAUAAAGAAAGAACUUCUCCCGCUUUAUAGGCCAAUUUGUUCAGCAAACCAAUCUGCCACUCAUCUGUUUGGCGAUAAAGUAGAUGAAGAACUUAAAAAGUUAAGGGACAAUAAGCAGCAACUUACAUGUACUUCCAGGCGUUCUUUUUUAGGGAAACGCCAGGGCAUGGCGACCCUGGUACCUCAGCACAAACGGAAACAUGCGCUCAAUUCACAGGGCAACAUGAAUUUCAAUCUACAGCGACGGCGUCAAAAUCACAAUUACAGAACAAAACAGCAGAAAAAGAAUACUUUCCAAUCAAGAGCACAGAAAAAUUAAUAUCCGAAUGUAAUAGGCAGGGUCCUGCAAAAAGUAGAAAUAGAUCAAACAGAACUACUGUGUUUAGUAGCACCAAUAUGGCCUGCACAGACAUGGUGGCCGACAUUAAUACAACUUAUUGUUGCACCAUGCCUUCUACUUCAGCACCCUCAGGACAUCCUUACGUUGUGCCAUCGACCGGGAAAGAAACACCCAUUAAAAAAGAUGAGGCUGGCGCUUUUUCCCUUAUCAGGAAAGCGCUUGAAGAUAGAGGGAUUUCAAAUGAAGCUCAGCAGAUUAUCAUUAAUUCGUGGCGGAGAACAACCAGGAAACAGUAUCAAACAUAUCUUAAACAAUGGUUUCAUUUCUGUGAAGGGAAACACGAUCCCUUUAAACCCCUUGUAGCAACAGUGAUAGCAUUUUUGUCUCACCUAUAUUCAAAAGGGAUAACCUACAGUGCGAUUGGUAUUGCCAGAUCAGCAAUUUGUGGGUUUGUUAAGAUAACUUCAAACGUAGAUUUCAGCAAUAAUAAUUAACCUGAUAUCACGGUUCAUGAAAGGUGUAUUUAACACAAGGCCGGCACUUCCGAGAUAUAAAGAGAUAUGGGAUGUGCGAACAGUUUUAGAUUUUUUAUCAAAAACAGAAAAUGAUACAUUAUUAUUUUUGGCUGGAAAAUUAAGCAUGUUGUUUUUAUUGUUGUCAGCCCAGCGGUGUCAAACACUCCAUCUCAUUUGUUUGGAAGACAUUAAUAUUUCAGACGAAAGAUUGAUAAUAAACACUCCACAUUUAUUAAAAACAUCGAAACCUGGUCGGCAUCAGACACCCUUUUUGUUUGACAGUUUUAAAUCAGAUAAACGCUUGUGUAUUGUCAGCGUCAUUAGUGAGUAUUUACAGAGAACGAAAGACCUCAGAAAUACCAACAAAUUACUGAUAUCAACGGUCAAGCCUCAUGGGGCCGUUUCAAAACAAACAAUUUGUCGCUGGAUUAAGCUAAUUAUGCACAGAGCUGGGGUGCAUAAAUCAUUCAAACCACAUAUCACGCGCGCUGCUGCGUCUUCAAUCGCACACAUGCGUGGAGUCCCGUUACAGACGAUAAUUGAAUCAGCGGGAUGGAGCAAUGCUAAGACAUUCGCUAAAUAUUAUGAUAAACCAGUAUCAAAUACCAAUGGAAAAUCUAUGCAGGCUAUCAUAGAUAUUGCUAAUUAGAGUGUAUAAUAUUAGGACAAAAAAAACAAAAA